CCCCGAGCCCGCGGAGCGCGCGAUUUCAGUGGUGCUGGUUUCCCACCCGGGACUCUCUGGUGGAGCCGAGCCCGGCAAAUGGGCGCAUGAGAAAAAAGAGCGGGGAAAUGGACUGCUAUUUGCGCCGCCUCAAACAGGAGCUGAUGUCCAUGAAGGAAGUGGGCGAUGGCCUGCAGGACCAGAUGAACUGCAUGAUGGGGGCGCUGCAGGAGCUGAAGCUCCUGCAGGUGCAGACAGCCCUGGAACAGCUGGACAUCUCUGGGGGUGCGCCUGCCCCAGGCUGCCCUGAAAGCCCCCGGACACAGCUGGAACCCCCUGAAUGGGAGGGUGUCAGAGGUCCUGCCAGGCCUGCUGUCCCCUCCCCCUCCAGCCAACCCUCGCAGGGGAGCAGCACCCGGAGUCCACCACAUAGGAGUGUGUGGGGGAGGGAUGCGGUCCCCCGACCCAGGACACAGCUGCCGGAGCACCAAAGCUGUGCCCACCAGAGGCCAGAGCUGGCGGAACCCGACGACUGGACCUCCACGUUGAUGUCCCGGGGUCGGAACCGACAGCCUCUGGUGUUGGGUGACAACGUUUUUGCAGACCUGGUGGGCAACUGGCUGGACCUGCCGGAACUGGAGAAGGGUGGGGGCAAGGGGGAGCCGGGGGAGGCCGGAGAGGCGGCGGGGGGCAGGGGCCCGCCCCGGGAGCUGGGCCGCAGGUUCACGCUGACCGCCAACAUCUUCAGGAAGUUCCUGCGCAGCGUGCGGCCGGACCGCGACCGGCUGCUCAAGGAGAAGCCCGGCUGGGUGACGCCCGCGGCCUCGGAGCCCCGAGCCGGACGCUGGCAGAAGGGCAGGAAGCGGGGCCAUUCCAAGGGUUCCAGCCAUCCCCCCUUCCCAGGCGUGGGGGAGCCCCGGCGAGGGGAAGGCGCGUCCUCAAGCUGCCCCAAGGCCCUGGAGGCCUCGCCCUCGCGCUUCGAUAUCAACACCGCCGUCUGGGUCUGA